AUGGCCGCCGACGCCCCCGCCGCGAGGCCCAAGAAGCAGGCCUCGUUCCUCAACAAGGCUUACCUCGUCCUCUACAACUUCAUCUCGACCGUGCUGUGGGCGACGGUCCUCGGCCGCACCGUCUCCUUGUUUGUCCUCUAUGGACCCGAGUUUGUGUAUCCGUAUGCUGGCGAGUUUACAAAGUGGACGCAGACGCUGGCUGGCAUGGAGGUUCUGCACUCUCUGCUCGGCGUCGUUCGCGCUCCCCUCGUCACCACCCUCAUGCAGGUCUCGUCGCGCUUCCUCCUCGUCUGGUGCAUCGUCGACGUCUUCCCCUACCUCGCCCAGUCGCCCUUCUACUCGUCCAUGCUGGUCGCCUGGUCCGUCACCGAGAUCAUCCGCUACUCCUUCUUCGCCCUCACGCUGUCCGGCUUCCAGCCCAAGGCCCUGACAUGGCUGCGCUACAACACCUUCUUCGUGCUCUACCCCAUCGGCAUCUUUAGCGAGUGCACCCUCAUCUGGCUGGCUACCGAGCCUGCCGCCGAGCUGGGCGACCCUUACAAGUGGGCUCUCUACACUAUCCUGGGCAUCUAUGUUCCUGGAUCUUAUAUCCUGUACACUCACAUGAUGACCCAGAGACGCAAGGUUAUGCGCAACCUCAAGGCCGAGAGCGGAAAGGCCCAGUAA